AUGGACCAGUCGUCUCCAACCUACAUGCUUGCCAACUUAACCCACUUGCAUUCUGAACAGCUUCUGCAAGGCCUGAACCUCCUUCGCCAGCAUCACGAGCUCUGUGACAUCGUCCUCAGGGUUGGCGAUGUCAAGAUCCACGCCCACAAAGUGGUGCUCGCCAGCAUCAGUCCCUACUUCAAAGCCAUGUUCACGGGGAACCUCUCGGAGAAGGAGAACUCGGAGGUGGAGUUCCAGUGCAUCGACGAGGCGGCGCUGCAGGCCAUCGUGGAGUACGCCUACACGGGAACUGUCUUCAUCUCGCAAGACACCGUCGAGUCGCUGCUUCCAGCUGCAAAUCUCCUCCAGAUCAAGCUGGUGGUGAAGGAGUGCUGUGCGUUUCUUGAAAGCCAGCUUGACCCUGGCAAUUGCAUCGGGAUUUCUCGUUUUGCAGAGACCUAUGGCUGCCAUGACCUCUACUUGGCUGCUAACAAGUACAUUUGUCAAAACUUUGAAGAUGUUUGCCAGACGGAAGAAUUUUUUGAGCUUACACAUUCAGAGUUGGAUGAAAUUGUUUCCAAUGACUGCUUGAAUGUUGUGACAGAAGAAACCGUUUUUUAUGCCCUGGAGUCCUGGAUCAAGUAUGACGUGCAGGAGCGACAGAAGUACUUGGCGCAGCUGCUGCACUGCGUUCGGUUACCACUGCUGAGCGUUAAGUUUCUGACGAGGUUAUAUGAAGCAAACCAUCUCAUUCGUGAUGACCAUACAUGUAAACACCUGCUAAACGAGGCCCUAAAAUACCACUUCAUGCCUGAACACAGACUUUCCCACCAGACCAUGCUGAUGACACGACCUCGCUGUGCUCCCAAAGUCCUUUGUGCUGUAGGAGGGAAAGCUGGGCUCUUUGCGUGCCUGGAAAGUGUUGAAAUGUAUUUUCCUCAGAACGACUCCUGGAUAGGCCUGGCACCUCUUAGCAUUCCCCGCUAUGAAUUUGGAAUAUGUGUCCUAGACCAGAAAAUAUACGUUGUAGGAGGAAUUGCAACCCAUGUGUGUCAAGGCAUCAGUUACCGAAAGCAUGAAAAUUCAGUGGAGUGCUGGGACCCCGAUACGAACACUUGGACGUCUCUUGAAAGGAUGUUUGAGAGCCGCAGUACACUGGGAGUGGUGGUUCUGGCAGGAGAGCUCUAUGCCUUAGGUGGCUACGAUGGGCAGUCUUAUCUACGGACAGUGGAGAAAUACAUCCCCAAAGUGAAGGAGUGGCAGCUGGUGGCCCCCAUGAACAAAACGAGGAGUUGUUUUGCUGCCGCUGUCUUGGACGGGAUGAUAUACGCCAUUGGGGGCUACGGGCCUGCCCAUAUGAACAGCGUGGAGCGUUACGAUCCGAGUAAAAACUCAUGGGAGACGGUCGCUUCAAUGGCCGAUAAACGAAUAAACUUUGGUGUCGGCGUCAUGCUGGGCUUCAUUUUUGUCGUCGGUGGACACAAUGGUGUGUCUCACUUAUCGAGCAUUGAGAGGUACGAUCCCCAUCAAAACCAGUGGACUGUGUGUCGGCCCAUGAAGGAGCCCAGAACAGGAGUUGGGGCCGCUGUAAUUGAUAAUUACCUUUAUGUGGUUGGAGGUCAUUCGGGAUCGUCCUACCUGAACACUGUCCAGAGGUACGACCCCAUCUCAGACACCUGGCUGGACUCAGCUGGGAUGAUGUACUGUCGAUGCAAUUUUGGCUUGACUGCGCUUUGAUAAAGAGCAGCACUGUAUGGACCUGAUGCAAAGAGGGAGCUUGACCCGCUUGAAAACAAAGCCUGCUGGUCGAGACCAUGAGCUGCGUUUCCUG